UAAUGUAAAUUGUGUUUCGCUUUGUAAUACUAAUACUCAACAACAACGUCAUCGUACAACUCCUUCACAAGUCCAAUUUCUUGAAAAUUAUUUUACAACUGUCGAUGAUUUUCCCGACUCAAAUAUGAGAGAAAAAAUUUCCUCAAAAUUAAAUAUGCCUUCAAAAAGUGUUCAUAUUUGGUGA